UAUGUGGCUUGAAAUCUGUUCGACUGUUAGAUUUGUCUUCGAACAACAUGAGCGGAAUACUUCCUUCGUGUUUUGGUAGCUUAAGCAGUUCGUUAAUGUUUUUGAAUCUCAGACGAAAUAACUUCCAUGGAAAAAUGAUGAAUGCUUGUACGCUUGGAAGCCUGCUGACAGACAUUGAUUUGAGCGAAAAUAGAUUUACAGGUCAGCUGCCAAGAUCAUUGACAAAUUGUACCAAUUUAGAGGUUCUCUCUCUUGGAGAUAACUCUUUUCAUGACGUCUUUCCUUCUUGGCUGGGAACUCUUUCCAAGAUUCAAGUUCUCGUUUUGCGAUCAAACAAACUUUAUGGUCCAAUUCAAGGUUCAUCACACUUCCCUAAGUUGCGGAUCAUAGACCUCUCUAACAACAAUUUCAGUGGUCAGUUGCACCAAAACUACUUUCUAACAUGGAGUGCCAUGAGCUCCGAAAAUCUUGGUGUAUCAUCUGUUAUGAAAUCAGAGAUAUCCUCCGAAAGCGUCUUUAUAAAAGUGAAAUUCACGGCGACAUUAAUACACAAAGGUGUCAGAACAGAGUACGAUCGUAUUUUAACAAUAGAUAUGUCCAUUGAUCUCUCCUGUAACAAAUUUGAAGGAGAAAUCCCAGCAUCACUCCAAGAUCUUCGAGGCCUUCAAGCAAUAAAUCUUUCCAACAAUCAUUUUACCGGACGUAUCUUGCCAUCAUUAGGGAACCUAACGAAUCUUGAAGCUUUGGAUCUCUCUCGAAAUGAGCUAUCUGGGGAAAUUCCUCAACGGUUGGUGCAACUUGGCUUCCUUGAAAUUUUCAAUGUGUCGUUCAACCGUUUUGAGGGGCGCAUACCCAAAGGAAAACAGUUUGGUACAUUUGAUAACAACUCCUACAUAGGGAAUCCCCGAUUGUGUGGACAACCAUUAUCUAAGGAAUGUGAAGAUGAUUUAACGGUGUCAAGACUUCCACCAAUAAGCAAUGUGUCUGAGUCUCUCUUCCCAAGUGAAAGAAUUGAUUGGAUUUUUGUAUUUUGUGGACUUGGAAGCGGGCUGGUUGUGGGGGCUGUUAUUGGAAACUUUCUAUAUGAAAGGUAUAGUUAUCGAUUCACAAAGAGGAAGGACAAAUGGGUAAGGCCACUUCGUAACACAAGGAGAAACUAAGGAGGUGGCAUGGCUUAAAGUUCGAAGGGUAUGGAGAAGUUGUAGAAGACCUUCAAGGGAUUUCAGUUUGUUUUACCAUGUAGUAUGUGUAUAUUAUGUUUGAGAUUGUGUUUGUUUCAUUUAGAUUUCUUUGAGUAGAUUGUAAGAUUUUUGAUGUAUCAUUUAGUAACAAUUCCAUUGUUUAAUCUUACAGUUUAUAGAGGCAUGAUCAUAGAUUCUUAUGUAAGGUCUUGGUAAGUUGUCACAACCUUGGAGUCGAGGUUAUGAUAGUAUGAAAGUCAUGUAUAUUAUAUAUUUUCAAAUAAAAUAAAUCAAUGUCAUUGUUACUAUAAAAUAUUAUAUUUCUUUUAACAAUAAAUCAAUGUUAUUACGAGAACUAUUUCAGUU